AGAGCUGUGACGUAUUUGUACUUCCUUUUCACUGUAGAAUGAGUUGUUGUUCUUAAAAUGGCGCCGUUGGACCUGGACAAGUAUGUUGAAAUUGCAAGACAAUGUAAAUAUCUACCAGAGAACGACCUUAAGAGAUUGUGUGAUUAUGUAUGUGACCUGCUGCUUGAGGAAUCAAAUGUACAACCAGUAUCCAGUCCAGUCACUGUUUGUGGUGACAUCCAUGGACAGUUUUAUGACUUGUGUGAACUUUUCAGAACUGGAGGACAAGUGCCAGAAACAAACUACAUUUUCAUGGGUGACUUUGUGGACAGAGGAUAUUACAGUUUAGAAACUUUCACGUACUUGCUAGCACUUAAGGCGAAGUGGCCAGAUCGCAUCACACUGUUGCGUGGGAAUCAUGAAAGUAGGCAGAUUACACAAGUGUACGGCUUUUAUGAUGAGUGCCAAACUAAGUAUGGAAAUGCCAAUGCCUGGCGAUACUGCACAAAAGUGUUUGACAUGCUGACUGUUGCUGCUUUGAUAGAUGAGCAGAUCCUUUGCGUGCAUGGUGGCCUUUCACCUGACAUCAAAACUCUGGACCAGAUUCGCACCAUUGAACGGAACCAGGAAAUCCCCCACAAAGGGGCAUUUUGUGACCUGGUUUGGUCUGAUCCAGAGGAUGUUGACACAUGGGCUAUAAGCCCAAGGGGUGCCGGCUGGCUCUUUGGUGCCAAGGUCACAAAUGAGUUUGUCCAUAUUAAUAACCUGAAACUGAUUUGCCGUGCACAUCAGCUGGUUCACGAGGGCUACAAGUUUAUGUUUGACGAGAAGCUUGUGACAGUGUGGUCAGCCCCUAACUACUGCUACCGCUGUGGCAACAUUGCCUCAAUUAUGGUGUUCAAAGAUGUGAAUACACGGGAGCCCAAACUAUUUCGUGCUGUGCCUGAUGCAGAGCGAGUCAUUCCACCCAGGACCACAACGCCCUACUUCCUCUGAGAUGCCCACUGUGUCCUCUUUCUCGGUUUGGUCAACCGCUCGCUCUCUCUUUUUUUUUUUUUUUUUUUUACACAAUACAAAAUAUGCAUACCCUCUCCUUCCCCUGACUUUAGAUAAUAAAGAACCCUGAGAAGGUUUCUAGCCCUUUUCAUGAGCUUUUCAUGCAAGCUUGCUGGACAGAGAUCAGUGAUUUUACUGGUGCUUUUUUUUUUGUUAUUUAAUGAUACAUGAAAUUAAUCCUAUGUUUUAAACAAUGUAAACCACUUAAUCAGACCAAGAGUGUAGGCUUUAGAAUAUUUCCUGUACUCAAAUAAUUUACCCUGGCUCUGUUGUGUUGAAGAUGUGAGGUUGUUCCAGGUGAUUAAACAGAAGAGUCUGUGAUUAUUUUGUACAUUAAAAAAUUGUAUUGAGAAAUUAAUUUUUCUUUCAGAUUUGUUGUAUUUUAUUAUUGUAGAGAUGGUGACCCACAUACCAAUAAAAUAUUGAAAAAAUAAACCCCUUUAUUAAUUUAAA